AUAGUCAGCUCAGACUAGCUGGGUCUGGGUCCACUCAGUGCUCUGGAAGAGUUGAAGUCUAUCACAGUGGCUCCUGGGGAACAGUCUGUGAUGAUGACUGGGACUUAAAAGAUGCUGAAGUGGUCUGCAGGCAGCUGGGCUGUGGGGCACCAGAGAGUGUCUAUCAAUCAGCUCACUUUGGUGAAGGUACAGGACAAAUCUGGCUUGAUGAUGUGGCCUGUUCAGGAACUGAAAGUUCUCUAACCGCAUGUCAACACAGAGGAUUUGGGACACAUAACUGUGGACAUGGUGAAGAUGCUGGUGUCACAUGUUCAGUGAUCCUCCCCAAGCCCAGCAUCUCCAUGAUUCCUGUGGGGAAUGUGACCUGGGGCCAAACUGUUAGCAUCACCUGUUCAAUCUCAACUCAGCAUUUAGGUGGAACAUUCACUCUGCAGCAGACCUCAGGUUCAUUCAGGAAAAGCCAAACAUCAAGUAGAAACUCUGUUACCUUCAACAUCCCUCAAGUGACCUUCAGUAAUGAGGGAUUGUACCAGUGUCAGUAUCAGACAAGGAUUUCAAGCCGAGACUUCAGCUCCCCACAAAGUGAUUCUAUUAGAAUCUCUGCUACUGUGAUUCUCCCCAAGCCCAGC